CCUGAACCCUUUAGCUCGGCCUUGCCUCUGCAGUACGGCUUCUCUUCGUAUUAUAUGCCCACUAUUUAUCUGUAUUCCUCCAUUAAUGUCAAGAUCAGCCGUCGGAGCUUCGGCGGAGAUACUCAUCAUGGCAAAACUCUACGUCUCGAGGUCUUCCUCGAGUCAACACGUUUUUUAUUACAACUUCUCACCAGGGUAGAUCAACAAAGAGCAAGGAUUGCGCAUUCACACUCGUCUCAAGCGAGACUUUGAACCUUUCAUCAUCCGUUGCUCUCCCCCUGUUUCCCGACACUUCAAAGUCUGCGACAUAACACUGGAUCGACCUCUCCUUCAUCAUCAAUAUGGGCUGCAUUCCAUUAGACCUACAAACUGACGCCUCAAAUCGGCUGUACGGCAAGUUACCAUGGUGGAAAGAUGCCGUAUUUUACCAAGUCUACCCGGCUAGCUUUGUAGACAGCAACGGGGAUGGGUGGGGUGACAUUCCGGGCCUAGUCACAAAGCUCGAUUACCUCGCCAACCUUGGCGUCGACUGCGUCUGGCUAUCGCCCGUCUUCGACAGCCCACAAGCCGACAUGGGAUACGACGUCUCGGACUAUCAGAGCAUAUAUGCGCCUUAUGGGACCGUCGCCGACGUCGACGCUCUGCUUGCGGGCUGUCAUGCAAGAGGGAUGAAAUUAAUCUUGGACUUGGUGGUCAACCACACGAGCGUCGAACACUCGUGGUUCAAGGAGGGUCGCAGCAGCAGAGCAAGCUCUAAGCGUGACUGGUAUAUAUGGAGGCCAGCACGGUAUGAUCCCAUCACAGGUGGAAGGCUGCCCCCGACGAACUGGCGGGGCUACUUUGCCGGCUCAACUUGGACAUGGGAUGAGCAGACGCAGGAGUACUAUCUUCAUCUGUACGCUCCCGAGCAGCCGGAUUUGAACUGGGAUAACGAGGACUGUCGAAUGGCCAUCUAUAAAGACACUAUGAACUUUUGGCUUGACCGCGGAGUUGACGGCUUUCGCAUAGAUACAGUCAACAAGUAUUCCAAGAGGGAUUACGUCGACGUCCCGGUGACGGACCCCAGCAGCUACACUCAGCCCGCUCCGGACAUGUGGUGCAACGGCCCUUGUAUCCAUGAGUAUAUCCGCGAGAUGGCAGCCGAAACACUACACCGGUAUCCCGGCGCCGUCAGCGUUGGGGAGUUGAGCAACAUGACCAAGGGCCCCUCGCAGGUCCUCGAAUACGUGUCCGCGUCGCGCAGCGAGCUGGACAUGGUGUUUGAGUUCUCCGCAAUCAGGCUAGGAACCGGGGACGGCUUUGGUGCCAAGUACAUAUACACGCCAUUUCCAUUGUCCCACCUCAAGCGCAUCACAGAGACUUGGCAGGCGUUCAUCGAGGGAACAGACGGCUGGACAACGGCUUUUGUCGAGAACCACGACAACGGCCGGGCCGUGUCGAGGUUUGGCGACGACCGCUCGCCCGAGGCGUGGCGGGCCAGCGCGAGGUGUAUCGCACUGUGGCAGGCUACAUUGACAGGUACUCUAUUCUUGUACCAAGGGCAGGAGAUCGGAAUGACCAACAUGCCCGAGAAUUGGGACAUCGAUGAGUACAAAGAUGUUGAGAGCCAGGGCUUCUACAAGGAGGCGGUAGGAAGCGGUGAUGUGGACAGUAUAAAGAAGACGAUGCACGGUCUGAGAAUUCUUGCACGGGACCACAGCCGGCUGCCGAUGCGAUGGGACGGCGGGGCACCUAAUGCCGGAUUCGGGCAGUCCACAGAUGGCUGCAAGCCAUGGAUGCGAGUCGUCCAAGACGCAGAAUGCCGCGGCGGCGGUGCCGAGGUUAGCGUGGCUGCGCAAACUGGCAGAAAGGAGAGCGUUUUGGAGUUUUAUCGACUUGUGUUGGCGCUGAGGAAGAAACAUCGCGAGCUGAUGGUACAUGGCAGCUUCAGGCUCCUAGAUCCGGAAGAUGAGUACAUCUUUGCGUACGUCAAGGAGGCAAGUCAAGGCGUCAACGCCAAAGAAAACGACAGGACAGUCAAAAAGUGCGUCGUCGUGCUCAAUUUCUCAGGAGAAGCACAAGAGUGCGUGGAUGUUGCUGCGGCAAUGGGCUGUGGACUGACAGACGUACGACUACUGGUCGAUACUAUUGUGGGCGAACCGGAGGACGGACGGGUCAUCUCGAUCCCAGCACUUGGAGCCUGGGAAGGGAGAGUAUAUGUCAACUUUUAGAACCACUAGCUGCUAUUUCCACUCACUAUAACUGAACUUUUUCAAGGUACCGCCCAUAGGAACAAUAUGAGCAGUCUCAGCGUACAUAGCCACCGAUACUAGGUAGUUUAACCUAUGUAUUUACUAUAAUGGAACUACCUCGUUCAAGCUUCAAAAAACCACUCCCC